UCUGACUCUUAUGCGAAUUACGGUAAUCACCUGGAUGACGUAAUUGCAUCAGCCGCAUCACGACGACAGAAGCAACCGGCACAGAGACGAGAGAGCGACAGACGCUGUCCCUUUAAGAAAAACAUUUAACAAGAAAAAAAAAACAAAAGAGAACAGAAAAGAGAAAAAAGAACGAAAGAAAGGAAAACGCAAAGAAAGCUCUUGGUUAAGGAUGAGAGGAAUGUCGUUGCCGGUGCAAAGUCUAGCUAGCUUGCAAAGUACUGUAAUCAGGUUUUGAUCUGGAAUGGUUGAAUUUGGGUCGUGAGGGAGCAUGAUAAAUAUGGUGGACGUUGUGGGGGAAAGCUAAGAGAAGCAUCUUACACACUGAGCCGAGCUCCUUCUCGCUUUUGAAGGCGCACAUUUCACACCGUGACACUGUCAGUGGCUUAGCGGUUGUUUGUAUCAACGAGUUUAUACGGACGGGAGGCUGAAUGAAUGACAAAGCGAACGGACUGAACACAACACAGCAGGACACAGUCGAGCAGAAAUGCAUUGAAAGAAACCACAAGGAAAACUUUGAGAUUGUUUUGUUCACGCAUUUCAGAAUUUACAUUUUGUUUUAAAUAAUAAUAUACAAAGCGGGUAACAAAGGAAACAGUAAAACACAAUCUACUUGCUGCAAGAGCGAAGACACGUUUUAAUAUGAAGCAGUGCUUUAUAAAAACACAUUUUUAAAGGAAAUACAAAAAAAAAAACGCUAUGGAAGAAGAUUGUGGAUUUUUAAAAAUAUAUUUAAAUGUAAAAAAACUUGUGUGUCUGGUUUCAUGACGUGAAGGAUUCAAGAAACAGUAGCAGCAUCUACACAAAAAUAACGCUACUUUUAAAACAUAACAGAAGACAUCUCAAACUGGGAUCGUUGCUGAUCUGAUCUGUAUAAUUACUGUUACUCAGAUGCAGUAGAGAGGAGACUAUGUGGGCACUGUCCUGAAAUGCCAAGGGAGGAGCUGCCAUUGCCAGAGGGUUGGGAAGAGGCUGUGGAUUUCGACGGGAAAGUUUAUUACAUAGACCACAAGAACAAAGCCACCAGCUGGAUCGACCCGAGAGACAGGAACACCAAGCCUCUAUCGUUUGCAGACUGCAUCGGAGAUGAAUUGCCAGUGGGCUGGGAAGAAGCCUAUGACCCACAAGUCGGGAGCUACUACGUGGACCACAAUACUCAGUGCACUCAGAUAGAGGACCCGCGGGUGCAAUGGCAGAGGGAGCAGGAGAGCAUGCUGAAGGACUACCUGGGUGUGGCUCAGGACUCCCUGGUGGCUCAGAAGCAGAUCUGCCAGGUGAAGGAGCAGAGGCUGCAGCUCGCCCAGCAGGAGUACAGGCAACUCAGCGAGGCAUGGAGGGACAAAUCAGCCUCCCGGACCAGCUUAAAUUCAGGAUCCUCCUCCAGCAGUAAGUACGACCCUGAGAUCCUCAAAGCUGAGAUUGUGACGGCAAAAAUCAGGGUUAAUAAGCUUAAGAGAGAUCUGUCCUGUAUGCGUCAGGAGCUCCAGUAUAAAGAGCAGGGCUAUGAAACACUGAAAGGGAUUGAUGAGAAGAUGUCCGGCGCUCCGUGUGGAUAUCGACUAGACGAAGCACAGGCCAUUCUGAACGAGGUGAAAACUAUCAACAAGGCUAUCCGUUCAGGGGAGAAAGAGAAGCACGAACUCAUGCAGACCCUUGCCAGGCUCAAGGAUGGAUUCCAGAUCGACUCUGGAUCUCAGUCAGACCUCUGGGCCAGCAGUUCUUCCCUAGCCAAUUCCAAGCUGUCCAUUCCUGCACUCUGCUCGGAUGCGGGGUCACAGACUGACAUUGCAGGAGAUUUUGUAUCUGUCAAUAACAAUAAGCUGGCGGAGAAGGUCCGAGUAAGCCUGAAGUAUGAAGAUGCUAAGAGGAGGAUAGCUAACAUUGAGGUGCAGAUAGCAAAGCUGGACAGCGAGGCCUGGCCUGGCUUAAUGGACCCCGAGAGAGACCGGCUGAUCUUAAUAAACGAGAAAGAGGAGCUGCUGAAAGAGCUGCAGUACACCAAACCUCGCCAGCGAGCUGCGUGUGACGCUGCGCGGCUCCAAACAGAGAGGAAGAGGCUGGAGAAGGACCUGCAGACAGCCAGGGCCAAUCAGAGUAAAGCACUGACGGAAAGAUUGAAGUUGCAUUCCCAGAGAAGUAAGUUAGUCAGAGAACUGGAAGAAACUGCGCGGCUCGCCUCCUCGCUCCACUCCCAGCUGAAAAGCCUCUCUGCCAGCACUCUGUCCUGUUCCUCGGGCAGCAGUCGGGGGUCUCUGAGCUCCAGCAGAGGUUCCCUCACCACCUCGAGCCAGGGCUCCUCUUCCUCGCUCAGCUUCACAGACCUGUACUUGGAGCAGCUGGAGCCGUCCGACUGUGACUACCAGUAUAAGCUGGACUUCAUGCUGCAGGAGGGGACCGCUGGCUUCCGGCCGUCCAGCUCCAUCACAACCAUCCACGAGAACGAGGUGAUCAAGACCCCCAACCUGGACCCUAGCUCCCAGGUUCAGGCUCUGCGUCUGUCUCCGAGGUCCUCCCUGUCCUCCCUGUCCCCCCCCUGCUCCCCGCUGGUGACGGACUCUCACUUCUUGUCUGGAGACGCCUUCCUCAGCCAGGACGGCGCUGGGCUCAGUCUGGAGGUACAGAGCAGGCUUCCGGAGCUCCGCUCGGAAAACCACGAGAGCCGGGGAGGAGAUGCAGGACCUGUCCCCCCGGAUCAGUGCAGCGGCCAGGAGCCUGGGGUCAAACAGCAUGCCGUAGCGAAAGAAGCCGGGGCCCAAGCGAAGAUUCUGGGGCCCGUGUUGAGAAAGGCAGGGGUUUCUUCAGCAGUGUCUGACCAAUCAGUGGCCGGAGACAGUGGAGUGUGCGAGCCGUCAGAGCCACGACCCAGUCAGCCGUCCGAUGUGUUUCACGGUGAAGAAGGAGGAUCUCAGGGCACUGCGCAGAUCCAGCUGGGAAUGCAGUACGACGCUAAAGAGAAGAGAUUCACACUGCUUCUAAUGCAGAUUCGCAGCGCCGCAGCGCUGGCAGUGCCACCAGAGGAGAAAGUGUAUGUCCGUGCCGCGGUGCUCCCCUGCUCCGAAACCACCAGCUGUCUCUUCCGAAGCAGGCCUCUGUUCCCCUGCGAGAGCCUGCAGUUCAGUGAGGUGUUCUGGGUCUCUGUGUCGCACAGCGCUCUGCGACAGAAGACUCUGCGAGUGGACGUCUGCUGCACGACUCCAUCUCAUCGGGAGGACUGCCUGGCUGGGGCUCAGAUUAGCCUUGCUGAAGUGAGCAGCCUUGGGGAGAGGUCUACAAGCUGGUACAACCUUCUCAACUACAAGGACGUGAAGGAGCUCAGCAAGCAGCACACAGACACGGAGGGAGAGGAUUCUGUCUCUGAUCUCCUGGAGGAAACUGCAGCAGAGCUGGAAGCUGUAGAGAAAAGGGCGGACGAUCCAGAAAACACACCGACUGCAGAGGAGGAGUGGCACAGGCAGCACUUAGAGGCUGAAUUCUGGGAGGACGGAGGCUGCAGUGACGAGGAGGAGGAGGAGGAGGAAGAGGAGGGACGAGAGGAGGAGGAGUCUGGCACAGAAACAGCUGGCUGGGAGGGAGAGCAGGAACUGGCUUCAGAAAAGGUGGAUAAAGAGACCAACACUGACAGCAUUGCAAAGCCUGCUUCGGUGGUGCGCCCCAAGGAGAGACGAGGCCCCAUUGCCCAGCAGAACCCCUUCAUUAGAGGAAGCACAAUCAUCCGCUCAAAAACAUUCUCUCCCGGGGCCCAGAGUCGAUACGUAUGCAGGAUAAACAGAAGCGACAGCGACAGCUCCACCCUGAAGGGUGCUUUUGUUCGAAACGCUUCCGAGCGACGCAGCGUCCGGGUGAAGAAGCCUCUGCUUGAAGCGAAGGCUCUGGAGGGCGGGCUGCUGCGCACAUCCCUGGAUUUGGAGCUGGACCUGCAGGCAUCCCGGACCAGGGAGAGCCGGCUCAGCCAGGAGGUCCUGGUGCUGCGGGAGCUGAAGGAGCAGCUGGAGCAGGCGAAGGCACGGGGGCACACGGAGCUGCCCGAGUGGGUCAGCGAGGAUGAGAGGUUCAGACUGCUCCUCAGACAAGCAGAGAAACAGACUCCAGGAGAGCACACGCAGGAGCAGCGAGUGGAGAGGAUGAUGAAGACGGCAGCUAAGGACGUGCACAGGAUACGAGGGCAGAGCCACAAGGGGGAUCUGGAGGUGCAGAGUUUCCGAGAGAAGAUGGCAUUUUUCACCCGAGCGAAGAUUAAUAUACCCGAUCUACCUGUGGAGGAUGUUUAAAACUCUUCAAGUAUUUCAAAGUUCAACUGCUGUAUUUCAUGGAUACCCAGACUGAUUUUAUUUGUGGUGGUUUUAUGAAGAAAAGAAAUAUAUGUACAUGAGAAAUCGAUGCUCACCCUUUGAAUGUACAGAUCUGUUAGAGUUUUAUUUGUCAUUUGUUCGGCUGUGUAGUUUUUGUAUAAAAUGCACAAAGAACAAAAACAGUUUGAACUA